AUGGUUCUCCUGCGCUUGGAGGUGAGGGUAUUCCCCAAGGAACCUGCGCCAACCCUCUCUCCUGAACGUGGCGGCCCAAAUACGAGCGUCUUCUCUCGGUUAAUCGGAAAUGGAGUUGGCAACCGCAAUAAAGAGCCGGAGCAGAAUGUUGACCGGACUGACAGCUACGAGCUGGGCGAAGCGAACCCGGCCAAGCAAUACGCCUCGUUCCUUUUGCUGCUCAGAAACUCUGAUGAUCUCACAUUAGCGGAUCUUGCUCGCAGAAUUUGUGAUGAGUGGACGACCUUCCGAUCCGAUCAAGAACCUCUAGAAAUCAAGAAACUACUCGACGACGCAAAUCCUACCGUUGACCUCAGCUUAUCCAUGACGGUUGCAGAUGUCUUUCUCGAUGUCGGCAAAGCAUUCUCCGACGGCCACGACCAGCGAGCGAUUGUCCGCGUGAUACAAAAGCCCGCCAGACACGCGCCCCAGCGCUUUUCCUCGGUUGUUCAGGACUGGGACGGUGCGGUGAAUAAGGGCUUUAACCAUAAUAACUCACGCGUGGGAAACCAAUUCAGCCCAAUUGCGGAAGAAGGAUAUGCUCCCGCUUCGGCGCAGAAGUCCCCAGCUGGACAGCGACCUCACGAUGCGCCCCUCCCUUCUAUCGAAAUUCAGUCUAAAUACCACCGAGACCAGGCGAUUCCUGGCACUCCACCAAUUCGGAGCUCGGGCAGUGAGGAACUUGGCGAUUCGCCAAGUCCUGAGCAAGGCCGCAGGUCUAAGAAGCGCAAACCCAGCCUGGAGGAGAAUGGACCAGUCAAGCAGCGCCGAGUUGGGGAAGACCGGCUGGAGGCUACGGAGGCCAGCGCCACCAGUCCCCAGAGGAAGCGAGUUAAUGUGCCUACCUUCGCGAGUCCGCAUCGGAGGGCUAGCCUGUCUGAGCGGCCAGCUGCAAACAACAGUAUUGGGCUAGGUGUUACCAAGAGUCCGUUAUUCAAGAAGCCUGCGAAACCCGAUACUCCCUCCAGUCAAAACCCUGGGCCCAUGUCUACUCCGAGCAAUGCCCCGACUCCGUCCGGAAGCAUGGUUCCACCCUCUGCAAUGCGCAAGUCAUCUCCAGCAAGCAUCCAAUCGGAGAAGAGACGAUCUAUUUCCUUCAACAAACAACCGAUCCUUAAUUCUCAGUCUACCCCGCAAGCCAGCUCCUCGAAGGCCAAGACGCCUCGAACGAAGACUCCAAAGCCCGCUGAUAAAAAUUCAGCCUCUGGUUCAAAGGAAUCCUCGAAUUUCCCGCCCAGUAGCAAUACGUCAACCCCUAUGACCCAGGAGGAGCGAGAACAGGAGGAGCGAGAAAAGCAGUUUGCUCGCAUCCAAAAGGAGGUGAUGGAAAAGAUAAGCCUCAAGAAGAAACUAAAGGAUCCAACCACUAAACCUAAGGUCUUGUCGAUUGUGCAGGAAAUGCUCGAUAUAUUCGCACAAGUUGAUGAUAGGAAGAAUCGUGGCGAGGACCAAUCUACGCGUCCUAUCAACAGACUAAAGAGGAAGCUUUCUCCUCUCAGGAAGAGACUCAUUGCUGCCGAGGCUGAACCAACUACAGACGCACGGGAGACAGAGACAUCAGAGUUUCAAGAAGAAGAGCCUGAAACCGAGGCCGAACCUGAUGCUAGAGUUACCCGCUCCAUGACUUUCACCCCUACCGCCCCAACUAAUUCAAGCCAAGCACCAACCUGGUCGUUCAAUAACGUCGCAUCUUCUUCUACGCAAAAGCCAGUGACCCGUCGAGAAUCUCAAAGCCCGCGACGCAGAGGUUCAAGGUCUUCGGCAACCGGUUCCCAGACAUCCCCGCCCAAGCAGUCACCCACCAUUCGCCCGAGCCGGUCUCCUUCCGUUGUGCUGUAUAAAUCGCCUGAGACGAGAAUCUCAGUCUGGAUCUGUCAACAACAAGGCUCCCAUUAA